CUGAAUCAAUGGCGGGACGACAAAUUCCAGCAAACGAAUUUGGACACCGAAGCUUCAGCAACGGUAACAUUUAUAGUGUUCAAAUGAAGCUCUACAUCUACGGAAACAACGCCGAUUUCAGAAGUUAGCUUCCAAACUUGACAGAGUAAAAUGGUGGCCAAGGGACAGAAGCGUAAGUUCCACAGGGAGGACGAUGGUGGAGAUUCUGCAUGGGAAAGUCAGCUGCAGUCUGUGUUGGAUAUCUCCAUGGAUAAGUUCCACCGUGAUCAGGCUCUUGUGGAGCCCAGCUUAUUGCGCUCCGUUCUUAUCAACAACACACUGCGGCAAGUUCAGUCUGAAGUCAGAGCGCAGGUAGACUCACUGUCUGAUGUAAAGGUUCCCACAAAAUCACAGACUCACACAGGGUUGUUGCCGGAGCCCUCUCUUUCCCUAGGGUCCCCUCCAAUUGGGCAUAAUGCACCUCUGUACUCCUUGAGUGCUGAAAAUAUGGUGGAUGAUUUCAUGUUGUAUUCUUCAGAUGAGGAUUUCUCUUUAUCUUCAGCCAUCUCUGCAAUUCUCAAUGAUCUAGAUGCAGUCGUAGAUGGCGGUCAAGGGCCUUGUGUAUCUCAGCGUGCUCCUCUUGGGUCAAUAGAGAAUGUCACGGGAGAUGGAAGGUUCACGCAGUAUCCACUAUCGAGUUUGAGAACAUCGGACAUAGGAUCAUCCAGCAAAACUGAGGUGAUGUAUCCUGGAUGUCCUCAGGAUUUGGCUUUAGAUAAAUUCCUCCUGGACUUUGAAACGUCUGUGUUUGAACCAGAAGUGAAUCUUCUCGGAGUACAAGGUUUUUCUGUUACAACCGAUGAGCUGGUCCGGUAUCUGCCAUCUCUGUCCAAAUCCUCCUCAUCAUCAGCGUCCUCUUCCUCAUCAUCUUCAAUCUCUACUGGUCAGGCCACAUGGGAAAUCCAUGAGAUUGAGCAUGUUAUGGACAUCCUGAUGCGAACUUACCCACAGAGUUGAUUUUAUGGUGUCAAGUUCAUGACAUUGAGAUUAUAGUUUUGUAAAACAAAACCUAUAGCUGGAGUUAUUCGGUUAAAAACUGUUUUUAUGGGGAUGUACUUAAGAAAGUUCCACGUAAUAGCACAAGACUGUGUUCUCUACAUGUUUUCGGUUUGUUACCACCUGUCUACCAACUUGUCAUGUGCAAAAUAUUUGACCUCAUAGUUCAUGGUUAAGAGCAGUCUUUAGUCUUCACAAUGGAAUAUAUAUAUACAUCACUUGAUUCCUCCUAUUUCAAAUGGAAUGUUAAUUAAGGUUGUUCUGAAAAAAGUCCAGAUUAUUCCUUUAUACGUGAUUACGUUGAGAUUGAGCCCAGUUAGUAUUUUGUUACUCUAUUGUUCUCAAUAAUGCACUAUUCACUGAGUUGAUCCUAGAAUUUUAUAAUGUCUGACUUGAGUAAUGUAGUUUGCAAGUUGCCAUUAAUAGUGUAUCCAACUGGAAACUGGAUUUAGGUGGACAAAAAUGUCAUAAAAAUGUAAGAUUGUGUAUAUUUUUAGUUUAAAACUUGUAUAAUGUGCAGUAAAUGUGUAACAUGAGCAUUAUGAGUAUACUAAUGUUGUUUCAACAGACAAAGGUGUAGUCGCCUAUGCAAAAUAUUUACUAUUGACACUGAAUUUGUAACUUGAAUAUACAUUAUAGGUCAUUCUUUGUAUUCUAUUGUUAUACUUAAAAUAAAGUGUUACUUGGUGACACCUUGUGGCUCAAUGAGGAAGUGUAUUUGAGAAAGAGGAAAGUGAGAGCGCUUCAGUCUCACAACACACAU